AUGAGAGAAAACAAUACUACAGGCCCUGCUCAACCAAAUGUCCCAAGUCAACCUUCAUGCUCUAACAUAGUGAGGAAGAGUCCAAGAAAACAUAACACUGUUUGCAAGCAACAUGCAGGUUCUAAAAGAGUUAGGAGAAAUAGUAUUGAUGUACCUAGGAAGAAGUUAUGCACAAGGAGAGAUGGUGGGAGGAUUGGUUCUGCAAAAACUAGGAAUAAUACUCCAAAUAUAGGUACUCAAGAGAGUGUGGUUCAACAAGUUCCAGUUGCUGAUGAGGGUGAAAAUGUCAUGCAAGAAGGUUAUAAUAUGGGUGAAAGUGUGGUUCAACAAGUUCCAGUUGUAGAAGUUCCUACUAUUGUAGAAGAAGGCGUGGUGCAGGAUGAAGGUGUGGUGCAGGAAGAAGGUGUUGUGCAGGAAGUUCCAGUAAUUCAUAUUCAGGAUGGUCAUAUGAUGCAAGAAGGAGGAACUAGUCAAACAACUGUGAUGCAAGGUAGUGACACUUUUGGGCAAGUAGGAUCCAAUAUUGGUUGGAAGCUUAAAUCAAUAAAUGAUGAAAUUAAACAAGGUAUUGAUGCAAUUUUACAAUGGGUUAACUUCACAAACUCCAGUCCACUUAAGGGUGACAAUGUGGUGGAAGAUAACGAGGUAAUUGAGUUUACUGAGGGCAAACAGGAGGAUAUUCUCCCAGAGAAGAUACAAUUAGGACUUUUAGACAUUGCUAAUAUGCUAGAAGCUGGUUAUAGCAUGAUAGAAAUAGAAGUUAUGCCAGGGGUACAAGUGGAAUUGAAUAAUUUCCCACAAGUUGAACUGGAUGUAAAUGAUUUCAUUGAUGGUCACCAUUCUGAUGAUGAUGUUGGUCUGGAUGAUAGAGAUGAAGGUGUUGGAGAUGAAGCUAUUGGUGAUGGUGCUGGAGAAGCUCAUGGUACUGGAGAUGAAGUUGUUGGUGUUGGUGAUGAAGAAGGUCAUGGUCCUGGAGAUGUUGAUGAUGGUGAUGGACCUGAAGGUGGUGUUGAGGAAUUGGGUGACGAUGAGGGAAAUCAGGGUGAUGAUGGAGGACAUGAGGUUGUCCUAAUGGUUAGGAGAAUAAGGAAAACAUAUGAGAGGAUUACCAAGAUAAAGUUAAGGGUGUCUAUGACAAAGAUGGUGGUGGUUCUUCUUCUGUAA